AUGGACAAUCCGGAGCCGGUGCCGAUGUUGAGAGAAAGGAGGCCGGGGAUAAGCUGGAGAGACCAAACUUUAGCUUCGCUGUCAGCACCGCCGUUGCCGUUAAUGGUCAUAUUUGGGGUGGUUGUUCUGUUACUUUAUCUGGCAACUUCCUCUGAUUACAAAUCCCAGGUGGAAAAAAGCUUGGCCGGAUUCAAGGUGCUGCUUUUCCUGUUGCCCUUGGUGUUGAUUCUGGUGGUGCAUGUGAUGAUGGUGAGCGAGAGGUGGCUUAAUAAUCUCAGAUACUCGAGGUUGUUCGGAGCACCGGAGGGCGGCGGCGGCGGUUCGCCGGUGUUGCUGCUGUUGGUGGUGGUGGGUCUUUUGGUCUUGGUUUAUUAUCACUCUUUGAUCAAGUCCAGCUGGUUUCAUCCUGUUUAA